ACCAUCGAUUCAAUCCUCUCAACCCAUGCUACCUUCAAGAGAGCAAUAUCAAGUACCAUCAGACCCAACAGUACAGUCCUACAAUCCACCCGAAGAAGCUACAGCCCUUAAUGGUCCACCACGUCCAGAAAACGAUCACGCAGAGUCCAAUGGCAACGUUGGAAUUCCCACAAAAGAACACACGUCUGUUCUACCAUUAUCCAGGAAACACCUUGAAAUGUUCGCGAAGAUAUCACCUCCACCUCCCCAAUAUCGAGCCACUGUACGCACAGACACCGUAUCCACAAUUCUGGAUCAAGAGUUCGAAUAUGAUCACGAAGAAGGCAGGCGUCCCAGCAUCCGUGUCGAUAACUGGGACUACAUCUACACCGAGAGGGUCUCCCCAGAGCACGUUGCCCCAGGUCGGUUACGCUGUCCGAUACACAGAUACGGGCCAGAACCGCCCCAUCGGAGAGACUCUGACGAGCCUGAGCUGCCCUUGGAUGCGAGAAAAUCGGCCACCCUCAAAAAACACUAUUAUCUAGAAGGCGGGUGGGGAUGGAUUAUUGUCGUGUGUUCGGUGAUUGUGAAUGUGCUGAACCACGGGGUGCAACUGUCGACAAGUCAGCUGACCAAGGAGGGGGCGGAGAAGUUCAAGGUCGAGCCGGUGGUGUUUGCAGGUCUACUACAAAUGGAUCCUCUAACCGUCAACAAUCAGACGUCAAUGCCAGAUGGUGUAUCAAUAAAGUAUCUAGGCGUUACGGUUGACAGACAUCUGAAAUGGGACAUUCAUAUAGAUGUUUUAGUAGAAAAGCUGAGAUGCCUCUUGUUGAAAUUCAAACACCUAAAAAAAUACCUAAAUACAGAACAGGUUUAA